CCUCAUACAGCGUGUCUCUGUCAGAUGAGAGGGGGUCACCCAGGAUUCCCUUGAAGCUGCUCUCCAGGAAAGAAAAGAUUUGGUUCCCUUCCUCGUUUGCUGGAUAGGAUCAGCCCGUCGUGCUGCUGCUUUAUCUUUUGCCAUCGAUUUUUGUUGUUGAUGUUGUUGUUGUUUAAGAAGAUGCCGAAACGGGAAAGAAAAGUGAGCCAGACUAUAUCGAGAAAAGACUGCUCGAAAGACGCGCUGUAGGAACCAGUAAACCCAAUAUCGAAAUUAUUUUUGCAGUUGAUUUAAUUUUUCUGUUUGUUUCAUUUCAGUGCGCAAAUGAGCCAGAAGAGUGACAAAGUAACAUGCUUGUGCCAUUGACUGGAUCUAGAUUUUAAUGUGAAUAUCUGAAUGACCAUUUGCGACGUGCGUAAAGCAUUCCAGGGAUACUCGAGCUUAGCUCAACAGGCUGUGAAGUAAAAGUUUCACAUGCCAUUUUAUAGGAAAUGGCAUUGCCUAUUUGCUUCAUAUCCUGGUUACAGUAGGCUGCUACAGGCUAUGCACUGAAACCAAAGACGAUUAAGUGUCUGCAUUCUCGAGUGAAGACGCACGCCCAGUGAUUUUACUCAUAUUUGUAGCGUUAUCGAAAAUACCCGAAACACGACGAGGUCUGAACCGAGGGGCUUUCCCUGUUUCAUUUGUUUGGGAUUUCGUCUAAAAAUAUCAAGGACAGUCGCAAACGGUCUGCCAAAACUCCGGAGAGCUAGGCUAUAUGAAGAUCGCGACACAGUUGUUGCUUUUCCCUCGCAGAAAUGCCAGUGCGUGCAGUGACCACCAGGUUCAUGUACAAGGGACUUUGCACUAUUCCAGAUAUCCUCUCCUACCGGACCCCUGUUAACCUGCCUGAAGAUGAAGUGGAAGAGAUUCGCGAGGCUUUCAAAGUGUUUGACAGAGACGGGAAUGGCUUUAUCUCAAAGCAGGAGUUGGGGAUGGCCAUGCGUUCCCUGGGCUAUAUGCCCAAUGAGGUGGAACUGGAGGUUAUCAUCCAAAGACUUGACAUGGACGGCGAUGGCCAGGUUGGCUUUGAAGAAUUUGUCACAUUGCUUGGCCCUAAACUCUCCGCAGCUGGAAUGCCUGAUAAGUUCCACGGAGCGGACUUCGAUUCAGUGUUUUGGAAGUGCGACAUGCAGAAACUGACUGUGGACGAGCUCAAGAGGCUGCUCUACGACACUUUCCGCGACCACCUCACUAUGAAAGACAUUGAGAACAUCAUCAUGACGGAGGAGAGCCACCUGAACAGUCCAGAGUCCCACGUGGACAUCGACACGAGCCCAACACAACAGGAAAAACACACGUGUGUGCGUAAAAGCCUGAUUUGUGCCUUCGCUAUUGCAUUCAUCAUCAGCGUCAUGCUCAUCGCAGCAAAUCAAAUGCUCCGCAGGGGGAUGAAGUAAACGCACGUCGGCAACCGGAAACAGAGGGAUUGAAGGACGGACCCUAAAAAUGGCAACGCUAACCAAAAUACUUAAUCAUCUCUGGUUUUAUUCACCUGACACCCACUGGCUCCCAUAAUGAUGCUGUCACAGCAGGAAACUAUGUCAUGCAGUGGUUCUGUAUGACUGCUAAUGAAACAGGAAGGUACCUCAAGGGCUGCUUAGUAUCCCAAACUAGACGUACAGUAGCUCAAGAGUCAAAUGUUAAAGAGAUUAGACAGGGAAGCUGAUUUUAACUCAAUGUUUUAUUUUAUCUGUUAAUGUUGCCAUUGGGAACGCCACUGGGAAUGAACCAAAUGAUGACAAGACCAAUGAUAGCAAUAAAGCAAUACAAAGGAAGGUUAACUAAAAACGUAAGGACAAAUCAUUCAGCACUGUGUCCCUUCUCUGUUCGCUGUAGUGUGUGUCAAGAUUUUCUGUCCGGCAGUCAAACCCACACCCACUUGAACAAAAGGCAAAGAUGGCGUCGUCGGUCCUGUUGCCCAGCCAACUGUUAGCUGCUCCACCACUCGAGACGUUCAUGGUCCUCACAAGAUGAGCUCUAAUGAAUUUAGGGGUGCACUGAUUUUGUUCUUCCACCUCAAGUUUGAUGUUUUUGGUUAUUUUCAGUCAUAAUAAAUAUCAAAUGAUGAACCAUUAGCUCCCUCAAGCUACAUAUUAGCACCAUAAAUAUUGUGUUGCAGUGCUAAUUUAAUCUAUUUAUAAUAGAUCAUACACAGACUAAGGCUGUCAAAAAACCACACUACCCUGUCAGGUGCACUGAUUUGUUAGCUACUUAUGUUAGCGGCAACAAAUUUAAAUUUAUGCUUUGUAGCAUCAUCCAGCUAAUCCAUGCUGAGCUUCAGCUAAAGGCACAGAAAUGAAACAGAAUAAACAGUCCACUGCCCAGAUUUUCUACAGUAAAAAGUACAAAAUACCCAACAACUGGAAUAAACUGGUAAACAAGCACAGGAACACUCCAGAAAGCACCACUGAAAAGAGAAGGACUGGAGACACGCAGACACGGACUCUGAUCCUCAACUACGCGCCACGAACUCCAGUUGGCCCACGUCGGAACAAAACCACACAGCCCCUGCCUAAAGAUGUCACGGUUUUCUAAGAAUUAAUCACUUUGUUUUUGAAGCUCGGAGGGAGACUUCUUGGCUCAGCAGCUCGGGAUUGAUUUCCAAAUCAAACAGAGGUUUUGUCAGCAGAAAUCUGAGGCGCCGUAGAUUUAAGCGUAACUCGAAGCGAAUAGCAACCCCGGCAAUUAAAGGCACGACUCAGAUGAAAAAUCACAAAAGGCCUCUGGCAAAUAUUAAUCAAGAUCGUGUUCAUUGAUAUUUAUGUAAAGAGCCCAGACACAGAGGAAAAUAUUGAUCUAUUGACCAGCAGACAACUGAUGUACGUGCUUUAUAUUCACAGUAUGCCUGUGAUACAUGCACAACGCUGCUGCAUAACUCAAAUCUGUGCAUUUAUAACAGACAUGAGUCAUAAUGAAAGAGAGUAGCUAUAUGGUCUGAGCUAUCUGCUAUGAAUAAAUAAUUUAGAUGUUAGACAAAGCUAUCAACUGUAAUAUUUAUAACAACGACUGACACACUUGCAUGUACAUUAAAUUAGAAAUAAAUGUAUGUAUAAAUGUGUGUGAGACCAGUUUUGGAAUUCUGCUGUAUGUGUUCAAAUAAUUAUGCAAUUUGUAAAGUGAUCAGUGCAAAAAAAAAAAAAAAAAAAGUAUUUUCCUGUAAAUGUCAGAUGUCAUUUUAUUUUAUUAUUUUUGUGGACGUGCAGAAGAUAUGAAAAUACUUUGCAGUAUACUGUGAACAAUAAUUUGACAUAUCACGAAAAAAAAAAGGGUGUUUUCUGGCUUUUACAUGGACCACCAAAACAACAUAUUGUUUAAAGAAUAACAUGGUUAUAUUUUCUUACUCGUGUAACAUUAAAUCUAUGUGAUUUUAUUAAGAAUAUAAGCAUAAUGUUUUGUAAAAAACUAACAGAAAAAUUUUGGGGGAAAAAAACAAACUGAUUUCUGAGAUAUAUAUAUAUAUAUCAUUUCCAGGUGAACUGGACAUUCAGAUACAAGUUAUCGUGUGUAUUAAGGCCAUGCACUUACAUUGACUUUUCUGAUUUGUUGAGAUUCAUUUUUCAGAAUGUUUUUCUCCAGCAAAUAUUUGUCAAAUCUGACAAGUUUUACAAAAUGCUAUAUAUUUUUUCUUGCUCUUUUUAUCUUAAGCUAUACGGCGAGAGGGAAGGUACGAGACGGCGAUAGUCACAUCCGCAAUAAAACCGAUAUUUUAUCUUGUAUUAGUAGCUGUUUGCGUAAAAAAAUGUUUAUAUGACAUCACAUUACCUCUUUGUGCAAUCAUGUAAGGUAAGGGUUUUGUGUGAAUGUAAAUUAUAGUAUAUGUGCCAAAUCUUAAGACGUAUAAGAAAAUAUUGUGUCCUACUCUGUACGUUAUGGUGUUUUAAUGAGCAGACUUGUGUGCACUUGAUAGUCUUAAUUGUUGUUAAGCAUCUUCGACGUCUUCUGUUGUGUGCCUUUGUUGUUUGGAGUUUUAAACACUGCGCUCUCAUCUCAUAGUAUUUAAAUACCAUCAAACAGAGUCGGUUACACAAAUGUGUCACCACUGACGUUUUUUUUUUUUUUUUUUUAAUGAAAUGACUCAUCCGAUCCUUCUUUCUACCACCCUAACGUGUGACAUUACCUGUAAUUUGAAUGUCUAGAUUGACAGUAUCCUGCACUGUUUUCUUUCUGUAACGGUUAGCGCACACGUAGAGGUUACUGCAUCAAUUAUACACUAAUGUAAGAGGUGUCUAGAUGCAUGUAGUCCAAUAAAAAAAACAAGUGCAUUACAACUGA